UUUCUCGUUUUUGACCUUUCCUUUGCCAGGAAGGUUUUCAAUUCCUUCCUUCCACACAAUUCCAUUUAGUCGGAGUCGGUUCGGUCCUCUAUAUAAACUCGGCGCCUUGCUUUUUUUUCUUCAUACUUGUUAUUUCAGUUAAUUCUCAGAAUCUUCAUCUUAGAGAAUUCUCAAGCAUUCUAGAUUUCUCCCUUCCAUACAGUAUGCAGAUCUUCGUGAAAACCCUGACCGGCAAGACUAUUACUCUCGAGGUCGAGAGCUCCGAUACAAUUGAUAACGUCAAGGCCAAGAUCCAAGAUAAGGAAGGAAUUCCACCGGAUCAACAGAGGUUGAUCUUCGCCGGCAAGCAGCUUGAAGAUGGCCGCACAUUAGCCGAUUACAACAUCCAGAAGGAGUCAACACUCCACCUCGUCCUCCGUCUCCGUGGCGGCAUGCAGAUCUUCGUUAAGACUUUGACAGGCAAAACCAUUACUCUUGAAGUCGAGAGCUCUGAUACCAUCGAUAAUGUCAAGGCCAAGAUCCAAGACAAGGAAGGAAUUCCACCGGACCAGCAGAGAUUGAUCUUCGCUGGAAAACAACUCGAAGACGGAAGAACCCUUGCCGAUUAUAAUAUUCAGAAGGAAUCCACACUGCAUUUGGUUCUCCGUUUGCGAGGAGGUAUGCAGAUCUUCGUGAAAACCCUGACCGGCAAGACUAUUACUCUCGAGGUCGAGAGCUCCGAUACAAUUGAUAACGUCAAGGCCAAGAUCCAAGAUAAGGAAGGAAUUCCACCGGAUCAACAGAGGUUGAUCUUCGCCGGCAAGCAGCUUGAAGAUGGCCGCACAUUAGCCGAUUACAACAUCCAGAAGGAGUCAACACUCCACCUCGUCCUCCGUCUCCGUGGCGGCAUGCAGAUCUUCGUUAAGACUUUGACAGGCAAAACCAUUACUCUUGAAGUCGAGAGCUCUGAUACCAUCGAUAAUGUCAAGGCCAAGCCAAGACUCCAAGACAAGGAAGGAAUUCCACCGGACCAGCAGAGAUUGAUCUUCGCUGGAAAACAACUCGAAGACGGAAGAACCCUUGCCGAUUAUAAUAUUCAGAAGGAAUCCACACUGCAUUUGGUUCUCCGUUUGCGAGGAGGUAUGCAGAUCUUCGUGAAAACCCUGACCGGAAAGACGAUAACGCUAGAGGUGGAGAGCUCCGAUACUAUCGACAACGUCAAGGCCAAGAUCCAGGACAAGGAAGGAAUUCCACCAGACCAGCAGCGGUUGAUCUUCGCUGGAAAGCAACUCGAAGACGGAAGAACACUCGCCGAUUAUAAUAUCCAGAAGGAAUCGACUCUGCAUCUGGUCCUCCGUUUAAGAGGAGGUAUGCAGAUAUUCGUGAAAACCCUAACUGGAAAGACUAUAACGCUGGAGGUGGAAAGCUCCGAUACAAUUGACAACGUCAAGGCUAAGAUUCAAGACAAGGAAGGUAUUCCCCCAGAUCAGCAGCGGUUAAUCUUCGCUGGAAAGCAGUUGGAGGAUGGAAGGACUCUUGCUGAUUACAAUAUCCAAAAGGAAUCUACUCUUCACCUUGUUCUCAGGCUUCGCGGUGGAAUGCAGAUUCUCGGUGCUCAAAAGAUCUUGAUCUGUUCAUAAACAAUAUUGAACCUUAGUUCUUAACAAAACAAUUUAAAUCUUCCAUUAUCUAAAUGAUAAAUACUCUCAAAAAAAAUAAAGUAAAAAAAAAAAAACACGAUUGUUUCAAAUGCUGCUGGUAAAUGAAUUUCUUUCUGCAAUAGGGAAAUUGCAAAUUACAAAAGAGCGGAGGACAAAUUUAGAUUAGUUUCCUGGAAUAUGAGGCCCAUCUUUUUGAAAGCAGACGAUUAAACUAUAGCAAUCGAUCUAACACUGAUGUUUGAUUGAGCAAUUCAAGUGCAUGAUGAUAUAUUAAAGGGCUGCCCGUGCUCUACGGCAAAUGAUUAGUAAACCAUCGGAUGCAGCUAUGUGUCGUUUUGAUAAAAUGGGCUGUGUCGUUUUUUUUAAUAACAUACACAGUCGGAGUGGAUGGUUAUGGACGAUAUGGAACUUAAAAGUUAAAUUUAAUUGUUAUUUGAUUUAA